AUGGCGACGACUAACACCGAAACGGCGCCGGCGGACGCAAGUGCUGCGUCCACGAAGCCCUCAAUCCCCUGGCUGGCAAAUAUUCACCCGUACUUCGAAGAUGCCGAACACGUACUGGUGCUCAAACUCGACAUCCUCCUCCUGACAUGGGCCUUCAUCGCAGGACUGAUGAAAGACAUGGAUCAAUCCGCGACAACGGCGGCCUACGUCUCGGGUAUGCAGGAGGCACUCUCCCUCUACGGCAACGAGCUUGUGGAGUUCACCACCUACUUCUCCAUCGGCUACGCGCUCUUCAUCGUUCCGUCACAGCUCAUUCAAACCCGCGUCCGGCCCUCCCUCUGGCUUCCAUUCUGCGAAGUCGUGUGGGGCGCAAUCACCCUAGCGACGUUCGCCGCCAAAAACGCGCGCACCGUAUUCGUGCUGCGCUUCUUCCUGGGAGUUUUCGAGGCAACGUCGUGGCCAGGUAUCGUGAACCUCAUUUUCAACUGGUACACCCCUAGAGAACUCGGAAAACGCCUCGCCAUAUUCGGCGUCAGCAGUCAAGCGGGGAGCAUGUUUCUGGGCAUUCUCCAGGCUGCGCUGUACAAGAACCUCAACGGCGCCCAUGGAUUGGAAGGAUGGCAAUGGCUCUUUGUUGUCUCGGGCAUCAUGACGAUCGUGUGGGGUCUGUACGGCUUUAUUGUCAUCCCCGAUGCACCCACAACCACCCGAGCCCUUUGGCUGACGAACAAUGAGCGUGCCCUUGCUGCCUCGAGAAUGGCCAAAUCUGGAACUACAACUCAAGAGAUCGUCAGGGGAAAGGCUCUCUGGUCGCGCGUACGCAAGCUCUUCACUUCCCCUAUUACAUACCUCUUCCUGGCAGCAUAUUUGCAGUUCGCCUGGUCCCAACGGGCGAACUCAUACUUCCUUCUUUACCUCAAGGGUCUCAAGGCUAGUGACGGAAGCGCGCUCUAUUCGGUCUACACGGUCAACCUCAUCCCACUUGGCGGCUACGCGAUCUCCAUCGUCGCCAAUAUCUCCCUCAACGCGUUGAGUGACUGGAAAGAUUGGAGAUGGCAGAUCGCCGUCGGCGCCGCGCUAUUGCAGCUUGUGGCAACGUCUGUUCUGGCGGCUUGGCCAGGGGGCAGGGGCACUAUCAUGACUUUCUACUUCUUGACAUUCGCAACUGCGGCGUGGGGCUACGCGUUGCUUGCAUGGCUCGCGAUCAUCUUACGCAAAGAGCCCGAAGCGCGUUCUGUCAUUGUUGGCUUGGCCGUCACGUUGGUGUAUGUCGGACAUGCCACCAUCCCGCUGAGGGCCUGGAGGACCGCCGACUCCCCUAGGUACCCCAUUGGCUUUCCGUUGGCCGCUGCCUUUAGUGUGGGCAGCAUUGCUGCGAUUCUUGGGAUGUUGUGGUAUGUGCGGAAGUAUCCUGACAUCCUCGAUUUUGGGCUCAACUGGAAGGUGUUGAGGGAGGCCGGAGAUAGCGUGGCAAACUUAGAUAAGGUCGAGGUCGAUAGCCAGGAUGGCGACGACGACCAGAAAAAGCCUGCCAAAGACACUACCAAGACGAUUCCUUGA